AGCUGGAAGUUUGUGUGACAAGUCGUGCCCCGCGCCUCUCUCCCAAAAAAGUUCGGACAAUCCGCCGUGUGGCUUCAGUCGCGUCGUGUUUUCCGUUUGGACCGGGACCCGUGGGGCUCGAGCUGAACUCGGUGAGCUCUCGUGAGGCAGCAGGACGUGAAGCCGCCACUCAUCACUGACCCGCGAGACGAUGUUGGCCUCGAGUCUGCCGGCGAACCUCUGCUCGGACGUCCAUGAUGACCUGGCACACAGAGUGGACGCAUUCCUGCAUAAUUUCCAGCUGUCCGACCAGGUCGUCAUGGACGUGUCGAUGAGAUUUCGCCGAGAAAUGGACAAAGGCCUGUGCAGAGACACCAACCCCACCGCCGCCGUCAAGAUGCUGCCCACGUUUGUGCGCUCCACUCCUGAUGGAACCGAACAAGGUGAAUUCUUGGCCCUGGACCUGGGCGGAUCGAACUUCCGUGUACUCCUUGUUAAGGUUUUGGGUAACGGCAAACAAAAGGUGGAAAUGGAAAAUCAGAUUUAUGAAAUUCCUGAAAACAUCAUGAGAGGCUGCGGUUCUGAGUUAUUCGAUCACGUCGCCGACUGCCUGGCGGACUUUCUGGAGAAGUUGGGCAUCAAAGACAGAAAGCUCCCUCUGGGCUUCACCUUCUCCUUCCCGUGUCUCCAGACCAAGCUGGACGAGAGUGUGUUAAUUUCCUGGACCAAAGCCUUCCGAUCGAGUGGAGUGGAGGGAAAAGACGUGGUCGGCCUUCUGAGGGAGUCCAUCAAGAAGCGAGGGGACUUUGACGUCGACAUCCUGGCCGUUAUCAACGACACGGUGGGAACCAUGAUGACCUGCGGUUUUGAUGACCAUCACUGUGAAAUCGGCCUCAUUGUGGGGACGGGGACGAACGCCUGCUACAUGGAGCACAUGAGGAACCUGGAGCUGCUGGACGGCGACGAGGGCCGGAUGUGCGUUAACACCGAGUGGGGUGCCUUCGGAGACGACGGCGCCCUGGAGGACCUGCGCACCGACAUCGACCGGGAAAUAGACGCAGGCUCGCUGAACCCCGGGAAGCAGCUAUUUGAGAAGAUGAUCAGCGGGAUGUACAUGGGUGAACUGGUGCGUCUCAUUUUGGUGAAAAUGACCAGAGAGCGGCUGCUGUUCCAGGGAAAGGUCACGUCGGCGCUGCUCACCACCGGACGCUUCAACACCAGCUACAUCUACUCCAUCGACAAUGACAAGGAGGACGAAGGUCUGGCCAGUGCCGAGAAGGCGCUGCGCGGCCUGGGCCUGGACCCGUCCGCCGAGGACUGCGCCGCCACCCGCAGGGUGUGUCAGAUCGUCUCCGCCCGGGCGGCUCACCUGUGCGCCGCCACGCUGGCGUCGCUGCUUCGCCAGAUCCGGGACAACAAGGCGGCCGAGAAGUUGCGUACCACGAUCGGAGUGGACGGCUCCGUUUACAAGAAUCACGCAGAGUUUUCCAGGAGGCUCAACAAAAUGCUGCGACGCCUGGUGCCCGACUGCGACGUGCGCUUCCUGCUGUCGCAGGACGGCAGCUCGAAAGGCGCCGCCAUGGUGACGGCGGUGGCUUUCCGCGUGGCGGCCCAGCAGGCCGAGCGCCAGCGGAUCCUGGACACGCUGCGCCUGAGCCGCGAGCAGCUGCUGGAGGUGAAGCGGAGAAUGGGCGAGGAGAUGCUGCGAGGGCUUUCGAGGCAGUCGCACGAUCUGACCAGCGUGAAGAUGCUGCCCACCUACGUCAGAUCCGUAGCUGACGGAACAGAGCACGGAGACUUCCUGGCUUUGGACCUGGGCGGCUCCAGCUUCCGGGUGCUGCUCGUCCGAGUGCGGAGCGGAAAGAAGCGCUCUGUAGACAUGAAUCAUAAGAUCUACAACAUCCCACAGGAGACCAUGCAGGGCACCGGAGAAGAGCUGUUCAGCCAUAUCGUGAACUGCAUCGCAGACUUUCUGGAAUAUAUGGGCAUGAGAGGAGCGUCCUUACCUCUGGGAUUCACGUUCUCUUUCCCCUGUCACCAAACCAAACUGGACCAGGGCAUCCUCCUGAAAUGGACAAAAGGUUUCAAAGCGAGUGGCUGUGAAGGCAAAGAUGUUGUCACAUUACUUAAAGAGGCCGUGCGGCGUAAGCAGGAGUUUGACUUGAACUUUGUGGCGAUUGUUAACGACACCGUGGGAACCAUGAUGACCUGCAGCUACGAGGACCCCCGGUGCGAGGUGGGACUCAUUGUCGGCACGGGCACCAACGCCUGCUACAUGGAGGAGAUGCACAACAUCGAACUGGUGGACGGAAAUGACGGCCGCAUGUGUGUCAACGUGGAGUGGGGGGCGUUCGGAGACAACGGGGAACUGGACGACUUCUGCACGGAGUUCGAUCGCGCCGUUGACGAUUGCUCGAACUUCCCCGGGAAGCAGAGGUAUGAAAAAAUGAUCAGCGGCAUGUACCUGGGAGAGAUCGUUCGGAACGUGUUGAUGGAUUUUACCGCCAAAGGCCUGCUGUUCAGAGGCAAAGUGUCGGAGCGACUGAAGACCCGAGGCAUCUUUGAAACCAAGUUCCUGUCACAAAUCGAAAGCGACCGCCUGGCCAUGCGUCAGGUCCGCUCCAUCCUGCAGCACCUGGGGCUCACCGGCUCCACGUGCGACGACAGCGUGCUGGUGAAGGAGGUGUGCGCCGUGGUGGCCCGCCGCGCCGCGCAGCUCUGCGGCGCCGGCCUGGCCGCCCUGGUCGACAGGAUUCGGCAGAACCGCAACCUGAACCAGCUCUCGGUCACGGUGGGAGUGGACGGCACGCUGUACAAGACCCACCCUCAUUUCUCCAGCAUCAUGCAGGAAACCCUGCAGGAUCUGGCUCCUCAGUGUCAGGUGACCUUCCACAAGUCGGAGGACGGGAGCGGGAAGGGCGCGGCGCUCAUCACCGCCGUGGCGUGCCGCAUGAAGGACGAGCAGCAGCGCUGAGGCCUGGCGGUGGAGGGCGGCAGGUACAGGCGCUGCGACUGACCGUUACUGACGUGAAUUUAGCCUUUUAGUACUGAAAUCCUCUCUCGUGUGUGUAAGCGUGUGUCAUCGGGUUGAACUGAGGAGGCGAACGAGGGUUCACCUUCUGUCGAAUGCGACUGUUACGAAGUCCAAAGCUCCUUUUCUGCACUCCUGUUUUCUAUGGUUUUUUAGCUCUAAAUCACAGAAAUGAUUUGUGUGAAGCUUCGUGAUUUCAUGAAAUUCAGAAAUGUGUGUUUUUUUUUAAAGCAGCUUUAAUGUCAGAUUCCACAAAGUGCCUCACAUUAUAAACAAAACAUGAAAUGCCGCAGGAGACGGGUUUAAACAACAAAAAGGGAGAAAUGAACUGAGCCAAAAGUGAGAAAUUAAGAGUGCAGGCGCUUUUCCAUCAUACUUCUGUUUUGACGCUGCGGAGGUGUGCAGCAAUCACUUCAAAAAAAAAAAUACAUAGAUUGCUGGAGGGAAUACAUGUUCGCCUUAUAAUCGGCUGGAGGAACGAAGCCGCCGCAGUCUGUCAGACUUUCCACACAGCUUUGAGAAACAAACAUUUGGGCAGGAGGAGGAAAGCUGACAUGUAUUAAGAGAUGAGUGUUGAGUUCACUGAGCUCGCUCCAGAGUCGCGGCCGUGGAAACGUUGAACUCGGUGCAGGAUUAAUGCCGGAUUACCGUCCUGACGCGAGGCCAGGUGAGAUCUGAAGGCCGGCCAUUCAGCCGCAAGCUCUCUGCUGCCGUCAGAAAGCCUCUUCAUCUCUGAGAUCGAGAAGAUUUGAGGAAAGAAGAGAAAAAAAAAAACAGUUUUGGCCCUUUUUUUUCCCUGAAUAACCAACGUUUAGGGCGAAGCAAUGAAUCAAUGUUCGGACGGAUUUCUGGUUCGAACCCUGUUUUCAAAUUGUAAAUGUGUUCGAUCAGCAGCUCCCAUUUCCAAGCAGCUCCACAUUCUAGACAGAAAUAAUUCACGUCUCCAUUUUCCUGAAUGUUCUCCCUGACCUGAGCUGGAUUUGAUCCCAGAAUGUAAACUCCCAUCAGGAAGCCCGUCAAGCUGUCCUCAAAGCUUUGACCGCGCCGCCUCCGCCAGAUCAACCAAAUUCUGUAAAAUAAAAUGAUUCUGUAAAAACUAGCUUCUUUUUUCUAAGUGAAGGGAAUGUUAAUUACUGGAUUUGUCUUUUUUUUUCACCAGUCCCAUUUUGUUUCAACUGUUUCAAAAAUUUCAAUCAAAAUUAUUGUUAUACUCUUGAGAUUUUCUUUUGCCUUCAAACUGGUAUCUAAAAAAUAAUUAAAAAAAUCUCUUUUAAGAGCAAAAGCUUCAAAUGCUGAAGUGCUGAAAUAUUCAAACCAAAGCCUUUUUACACGGGUGAAGACAUGUAAUGUUAAAACUAAUAUCAGCAGCAAACUGGAGACUGAGUGGGUAAGACACGAGUUGAGGACUGUCCUUUCAUUUGUUGUUUUGUAUUUAUUGUUCUUUCUUUGUGUUGAAUGUAUUUGCAUGUUUCUUUUUAAUGUCCUAACAGGAAAAAACACAAUAAUUCACAAAGUUCAGCUGUAAUAAAAUCAACAGCUGAGCUGUCAACCUGUUUUUUUUAACUAACUAUAAUUACCACUUGUCUGUUUUUCAUCACCUUUCUCCAUGACGUUCUUUUGCUGUAUAAAUAUGUCCUCACUGUG